AUGACUGCUUACCGGUUUAUGAGAAUUCUUGAAUUAAUGAGCUUUCAUCCAGAUUCAUAUAUUGCUAAUAAACGAAAAUAUAAAUCUAAUUAUAAUGAAACAUAUCAUAGAUUAAAUGAUUUAAUAAAUUUACAACAUAGUUCUACAGAAUACAAUUUAAAUACAACCAUUACUACUACUGCUACUACUACCACUACUAAUACUACUAACAAUAAUAUCAGUAGUUUAUCAUGUCCUAUAACUAUGAAUACAAUCAAUUCUAUCAAAUCAUUAACACCAAUUUCAAUUAAAAUUCAACAAAAUAAUAAACAAUUAAAUCAAUAUGAAUUAGAUCAUUCAAUAAGUGAUAUAUGUUCAACAAAUUCAUCAUUAUCAGAUCAUACUACUAAUGGUAUUAAUUAUUCCUAUCCAACUCAUUCAUUAUCAUUAUCAUUAAAUAGAGAUAAAAGAAAAGAUCAUUAUACUAAUAUUACCACUACCAAUAAUAAUAAUGUAUGUUAUAAACAUCGUACAUUACCAUUAUUACCUAAUUCAAAUGAAUAUCAACACCACCACCACCACAACAACAACAACCACAACCAUCAUCACCACCACCAACACCAACACCAAUAUCCUUAUAUUCCAUUAACAUCAUCUCAAUUAAUUACACCAAAUAUAACAUGGCGUAUAAAAAAUUCAAAAGAAAAUUAUUAUAAUAAAAAAUUAUUAAAAUUAAUUGAACAAUUACCAUGUAAUAAACAAAAUUCAAUUGGUUUAAUAUUAUUAACAAUGGAUGUGAAAUUAUGUAAUUCUAUACAUAAUCCACCCAAUAUUAAUCAUAAUCAUAAUGGUAAUAGUAAUAAUAAUACUAGUAGUCAUAGUAACAGUAAUAAUACUGGUAAUUAUUCAGAUAUAUUCUCUGGUGGUUUAGAAUAUCGUCUACGUGAAGCAUUACAAUUAGUGGAACCAAAUAAUAAAUUAAUGAAUGAAUUUGAUUAUUGUCAUUAUAGAACAAUAAAUGAAUUAAAUAAAAUAGAUUUAAAUAAAAUUAUUGAUGUUCGAAGUAGGAAAAAUGUCAGUGAAUCCAAAAAAUCAUCAACCAACUUUGCUAAAGAAUCACCUAAAGAAGAUGGUCGUGAAUCUGGAAUAGAUCCAGAUACAUUAGACGAAACAUCAACAUCAAUGAUUGGAAAUUCUUUAAGCUUAAAUGAUAUGAAAUAUACUACUAAUGAUCUUAGUCAUACUACUGAAGUACACAAACCAAAUGUAAUUACAAUAUUAAGACGAUUAGCAAGAUAUUUAGCUUUACGGAUAGCAAAUAAACGUCAUAGUCUAGCUACAGCAAAUCAACAUGUUGCAAGAAAUGCCAUUGAAGAAAAACUUUUACGUUCUAGAUUAAGUGAACUAAAUAUUGAUUAUUAUUAUCAUCAUGAUAAUAUAAUGAAUAGUUGGAAUUCAUUAAAUUCAAUUGAAAUCAAUCAUGGUACAAUUGUGAAUCGAUUUGAUCGAUUACAUAAUAAUACAAUUGCUGUUAUUCAAUUAUUAUGUCAAUUAGCAAGACGUUUAGCUAUAUUAGAUGGACAAUUAUAUUAUUUAAAUAAAAAUAAAUAUAAUGAUAAUGUUGUAUUAUUAUGUAAUAAUAAUAAUAAUAAUGAUAAUUCAUCAUUAUUAUCCUAUAAUCAUGUGACAUCAUUAACCUCUGGUACAUCAUCAAUUCUAUCAAAUCACUUCUUGAAUGAUUUCAACAAGAAUAAUAGUAAUACCAAUCGGAAUAGUAACUGUGAAUUGUCACAAAUUAUUGAACAACAAAAACGUUUAAUUAUACAAAUUAAAGAAGCUCAAUUAUUACGAGCUGAAUUAGAAACAUGUCGACAUCGUUUAUUAGAAAGUAUACCAGGUCAUAUAAAAUGUGAUUUAACACAUAAUAUGAUUGAUAAAUUAGGAAGAGAUUUCAUUCAUGAUAAUAAUAAGUCUACAACAAAUACUACUACUAAUCAAAAUAUUAGUAAUCAUAAUAUAACAGAUUGUAAAUUAACAUCAAAUACAAAUAGAGAAUUGGAUCAACAAAAUCAAACAAAUCAUACUACUACUACUACUACUACUAAUGAUAAUAGUAGUAAUAAUAAUAAUAAUGAAAAAUCAAUAUCCAAUAAAAUGAAUGAACAAGAAGAUCAAUUAAAUUGUCAACAAUCGAUUAUGAAUACAACACAAUUACUUAGACAACGUGUUACAGAACAUUUAAUUGAAUUUUUAAAUUGGUUUGUAUUAUCACAAAUAUUUGAAACAGAAAUCAAAGUAGAUCAAGAUUUAUGGGAAAGUAUUCAAGAUGAAUUAAGAUUUGAAUUAUCCUAUUAA